AUGAAAAAAAAUUUCCCAUUUCAUAUAGUUACAAAUAGACCUUGACCAAUUAUUUUAUCAUUUAGAUUUAUAAAUACUCUCAUUAGAACAGUUAUUUGAAUUUAUAGAUCAAUCUCAAUAUUUAUAAUUUUAAAUUUUAUUAAUUCAAUUUUAAUUAUAAUAUUAUGAUUUCGAGAUAUUAUUCGAGAAAGAACAUUUCAAGGUAUACAUUCAAUAUUUAUUACUAAUUUUUUAAAAUUUAGAAUAAUUUUAUUUAUUUUAUCAGAAUUAAUAUUUUUUAUUUCAUUUUUUUGAACAUUUUUUCAUUCAUCAAUUUCUCCAAAUAUUGAAAUUAAUAUAACAUGACCACCAAAAAAUAUUAAAUUUUUUAAUCCAAUAGAAAUUCCUUUACUAAAUUCAUUUAUUCUUGUAUCAUCAGGAUUUACAGUUACAUUAAGUCAUUAUUAUUUAAUUAUUAAUAAUUUAAAACUUAGAAAAUCAUAUUUAUUAUUAACAAUUCUAUUAGGAAUUUAUUUUACAAUUCUUCAAACAAUUGAAUACUCAAAUUCAUUUUUUUGUUUUAAUGAUAGUAUUUAUGGUUCAAUUUUUUUUAUAGCAACAGGAUUUCAUGGUUUACAUGUAUUAAUUGGAUCAAUCUUUUUAUUAAUUUCUUUAUAUCGAAUAAUAAAUAUUCAUUUUUCUAAUAUACAUAAUAUAAAUUUUGAAUUAGCAAUUUGAUAUUGACAUUUUGUAGACGUAAUUUGAUUAUUUUUAUAUACAUUUAUUUACUUAUUAAUUUAA